UGCCCACCUAAUUUAGGUUUUAAGUGAACACUUAGAAAUGGGAGGUAGUUGUUUGCUACAAUGAAUAAAGAAAUGGCAGAACUAAUUCUUAAUUUUGAUGACCGGAAUGAAGAUGUGGAACUUGCAAAGGAGUAUUUGAAAAACAAUGCUUCCGCAAUUCCGACAGGAUAUGUAGACUACGAUGAUCCACCACAUAAAGACUUUGAGAAAUACACAUUACAAUUCAAGAACUUGGCACAGAAACUUGAGGAGAAUGCAGAGCUGUUCUCCCAGCUCGAAUAUCAUUUAAGGAAGAUUCCGAAGCGUGAAGUUGUGCAGACUGAUAUUAGUUUGCUUGUUCAAAAUUUUUUGUUCUGGAGUUCAAACACCAAAUUCUACAAUUCUUCAAAUACACCGGUAACAGUGGGCGCCAGAAGCCCCCUGGCAACGUUGGGUCUGGUCGCGCCGUUGCUUCAAUACAAGCGCUACGUUGUGAUUACGUGCGUACCCACCACUGCCGCAGUAUGCUACUUGUUCUGUCAGCUUUGUGAUGAAGUUGGAUUAAAAUCGGACCUUAUUAAGUUAAAUAUUUGCGAAAAUCUUGACAUAAGCGGUGAUGUGGUCAAAUGGCAAGAUGGAAGCGCUGUUUAUGGCGCUGGAAUCAUCACGCAGCGGUCUGAUCUGGAUUCGGCAGUCCACGCAUUUCUCGGGUCUACCACAAAGGCAACGCUCUUAAUUUUCCUGAUUCCUGAAAGAGUUCCAAAGUGA